CAUUUAAAAUACAAAGUCGGUGUCCUAUUUGCCAUGUUUACGACCCUGGGUGCAGUCAUUGUUUAGAUCCGCUCAAGCAUUGUCAUUGUUGUACUAUGAAGAUCCAGGUUUUGUGUCUGUUUCUGUUGCUGGGUUUUACGUCCACGUCUUCAGAAAACACGGUGUACAGGGUCACCACGAUUCUAGAUAAACCUUUUGUAACACUAAAGGAUGGAAACCCUUCAGAAUUUGAAGGCCUCAUACCCGAUUUGUUGAAGAGGAUAGAACCAAUUCUUAAUGCGACCUUUAACAUAAAACAUGUAGGAGAUUUCAAGUACGGCUCUCAGAAUAAGUAUGGCAACUGGACUGGUAUGAUAGGAGAACUAAUCAAGGGGGAAGCAGAUAUUGCUGCAGCGUCCCUUACCGUGACGGCAGAGAGAGCAGCCGCCAUCGACUUCUCGCAUCCCUUCAUGGAAUCAGGAAUUUCCAUUGUCCUUAAGCGACCCAUUGCGAGGGGAUGGCAAGCCAUAACGGGAUAUGUUUCCUUUCUGCAGCCCUUUACAGCCGGGGUUUGGAUCGCCUUGCUCUUCUCCUGUGUAAUUAUUCCAAUUCUGUACGGCCUGAUUAUGCACUUUGAUCCCAUGGAAGAUGAAGCCGAAACUUCUUUUCUGAAGAACAUCGCCAAAGCGGUUCCGGUUGUCUUCUACAGAUUCUGCUUACAAGGAAGUCUUGCGCCAUCCAAAUCUACCUCCAGGUCUUCAAGAGUGAUACUUGCCUUUUGGUCUUUGUUUCUUAUCAUUUUGUACGCCACCUGGGCCUCAGCCUUUGCUGUAUUCAUUAUGGAAGGGAAGAGACAACUUCCGGAGUCUCCCUUCCAUUCAUUUUCUGAGCUUUCGAAACAAUCAUCUGUGAAAUUUGGAACAGUUAAAGGAGGGUCCACUUAUAGAUCCUUUACAAAAGCUUUGGAUAAGGUGGAUAGCAAAAUUGGAGAACAUUUUAAAAACAAUCCAGAUCAAAUGGUCGGUAGUACAGCAGAGGGAAUUAAUCGAGUUCGAAACAGCAAUGGCGAUUAUGCAUUUAUCAUGGAAGAGAUAGGAGCUAGGCAAUUAGCAGGAAUGUCGCCGUGUGAUCUAAUGCUAAUUCACCAUUCUUUCAUACGUAAAUCUUUCUCUUUUGGGUGUGCCAAAAACAACAGCAUAUGCAGAGAUCUAGAUAUCGCCAUCAUUAGACUGAAAACUGAUGGUGUGAUACAAGAAUUAACAGAUAAGUGGCUGAAUAAGGACAACGUUUGUGAUACUGAUUUCUAUGACGAUUAUUUGCAGUACAUUAGGUCUUUUGACAACAAGAAAGAGGAGUCGGGGUAUCUUUUCAAGGGCAGUGCUCUGGGUAUGGAUAAAGUCGGAAGUGCGUAUAUUCUACUAGCCAUAGGAAUCGUUCUUUCCGUUUGUUUGUUGGUCUUCGACAUUUGUACGGAGAGAAGAGUGCAGAAGGCAGUGUCUAGAAGAGGAGGGACAGACAAACAGCCAUUUGAAGCCAUUACAGAGGACAUGCAAUAAUUCUUACCAGCCAUAAUAACCCGCGCUAAACAGUAACCGCUGAUCACAAAUUACUGAAUUAUAACAGUGAACCAGUGGAAAAAUUGCAUGUAGUAUUAUUUUCAAAAUAAAACCGCCCUGCUUGUGCCAUGUAGUCUAGAUGUAUAAUACAACCAGCAAUUUAAUUUUUUUUUUUUUUUGCAAAGGACUGCAUAAUUGUUAUAAAAGUUUAUAAAUGAGAUUGAAGAGCAUAUGUCACUUGCAUUUUAAAGAUUAGUACUAGGUAGGUAGAUUUUUUCCCAUCUUCUUCAUACUGAAUGAAAUUGUCACAAUGUCUUUCUACGCAUGCACGAAAUCUUUAUGCGUAUGCUGUUUUACAGAAUCGGUUAUUUUAAUUGUAGCAUAAUCCCUUUAUUCCCAUAUGGACUUGUUUACCCCCUUUUAAAGAAACAUUAAAGUAACGACACUUAAUUUGCCUUUUGCCAGUUAGGCUAAAGUCAUUUACGUAUGGUCGAAUGUGUAGUAGAUAGAAAAAAGUAUCUAUUGAUGUUUUUGAAUGCCCAAAGAAAGUUGUAAUUAUUCAUACACUGUCAUUUUUAAAAGAUGUCAAAGUUUUCAAGAUUGUGAAAUACAUUUAUGUGUAAUCCAUUGAUAUAAAAGAUAUGCAUGUUUUAGUCUAACCGAUAAAUGACACCCUGCAUGCUAGGCGUCGGAACCCGGGGGGGGGGGGGAGGGCUAUGGGGGGCUUAGCCCCCCCCCCCCCCCCCCCACUUUUUUUCCAAAUAUAUACUUAGUAUAGACAUUGCACAUUUCUUCGGAGGUUUACCCCCCCCCCCCACUUUCCACAGAUAUGUCUUAGUAUAGGUUAAAAAUGGGGAAAGUGGUGGUGUUUGGAAAAAAAAAUUGGUACUGAAGUUCGAACCUACCCCCCCCCCCCCCCACGAAAAAGGAUACAAAUUUUUUUUUACACAUAGCCCCCCCCCCCCCCACUUUCAACUUGCUUCCGACGCCAAUGUGUAGUUAGGAUUGUAUGUACAUGACAACUUAGACUUUGAAGGGUUUUGAAUUCAAGUGUAUACUUAACACUCAUCUAAUUUAAAUUAGUAUCCCCCCUGCGUUAAUCAUUGCUUCGUUUUCCUUGCCUUGUUUACUAACAACAAUUAAAGAAAGAGAAAAAAACUGAAGCAGAUAAAGAUCCAGUUUUAAACAGGUUGCAUUAAAACGCCUUGACACGGAUUACCAGCUUGUCUGAAGGUCGUAAUGAACAACAAAAAAGUUUUUCUUCAAAAUAUCUUCUUUUCAAGAGAAAUCUUCAAAACACCUUGUUUGUUUGAUCCCCAAUAUCGAUUUUUAGAGCACAGCAAGGUUGAUAAUUCUCUUAUUGUUACCUGACCAGCUGCCUUGUUUGUACUACUUAGUGAUAUCUACAUAUUUCUAAUGCAUGCUGAGUAUCAUUUUAUUAAAUUUUUUGUAUAUUU